UGGUCAUAUAUACCUUAUAUAUAUGUAUCAUAUGUUCAUAAUUUGUUCUAAAACUUGUAGUGGUCACACUCAUACAUACUACUACCAUAUAUCAAAAUCUUAAGAAGAACCCAAACUACUGAUUUUUAUAAAAUCAUUCUCCUUAUCCCUUCCUCCAAAUCUUCAUCUAUUAGUAUUAGUCUUCAUUUUUCUGGCCUAUUGAUUCAUGGUGUUCCUAUGAUUGAAUCAAACUAAAGUAAUGCAUUUUCUGUAAUAGAUCUCGAUUUCUCUUCCUCUGUUUGUAGCUAAAAAGCAGAGGAAUAUGGAGGGAAGCCGGAAAAUGGAGUGGGUUUGGGAGGUGAUGACUUCGGGGGCGGAAGAGCAAUUGACGCUGGUGUUGGGGAAGAUGAAGGCUUCGACGAUAAUCGUCCCAUUGCUGGACAUCGCCAUGGCCAUCUGCUUGAUAAUGUCGGUGAUGCUGUUCGUGGAGCGGGUGUACAUGGCUGUCGUCAUCACCAUCGUCAAGAUCUCAGGCCGGAAACCAGAUACCAGAUACAAAUGCAAUCCAAUCGAGCAAGAUUUGGAGCAGGGGAACCUCGCCUACCCGAUGGUUCUCGUCCAAGUCCCUAUGUUCAACGAAAGGGAAGUCUACCAGCUCUCCAUCGGAGCUGCAUGCCGCCUCUCCUGGCCUUCCGACCGCUUCAUCGUUCAAGUCCUCGACGACUCAACCGACCUCACCAUCAAGGGUAUGGUGGAAGCGGAGUGCGAGAGAUGGGCGAGCCAAGGGAUUAAUAUAAAAUACGAGAUUCGGGACAACAGAAAUGGAUACAAAGCCGGGGCUCUUAAAGAAGGGCUCAAGCGCUCCUAUGUCAAGGAAUGCGACCAUGUCGCAAUAUUCGACGCUGAUUUCCAGCCCGAGCCUGAUUUCCUGCAGCGGACCAUCCCCUUCCUCAUCCACAACCCGCAGAUCGGCCUCGUGCAGGCUCGUUGGAAGUUUGUGAAUGCGAACGAAUGCUUGAUGACGAGAAUGCAAGAAAUGUCACUCAACUAUCACUUCACAGUGGAGCAAGAAGUUGGCUCAUCAACAUAUGCAUUUUUUGGAUUCAAUGGCACUGCUGGAGUGUGGAGGAUGGCAGCAAUUGAGGAGGCAGGAGGUUGGAAAGACCGUACAACAGUUGAGGAUAUGGACUUGGCCAUUCGUGCUAGUCUUAAAGGCUGGAAAUUCGUGUACGUCGGCGCUCUACAGGUGAAAAAUGAGUUGCCUAGCACGUUCAAGGCGUAUAGAUACCAACAACAUCGUUGGUCGUGUGGGCCAGCCAAUCUGUUUCGGAAGAUGUUGUUAGAGAUUAUAAGAAACGAGAAAGUUACACUUUGGACAAAGGUUCACGUUAUAUACAGUUUCUUCCUGGUGAGGAAGAUUAUAGCUCAUAUAGUAACGUUCGUGUUUUAUUGUGUUGUACUUCCUGCUGCGGUGUUGGUACCGGACUACGAAAUCCCAAAAUGGGGUGCAGUCUACAUUCCCACGAUCAUCACCGUCCUCAACGCAAUCAGCACUCCCAGGUCAAUCCAUUUGGUUGUUUUCUGGAUCGUAUUCGAAAAUGUGAUGGCAUUGCACCGUACAAAAGGCACAUUUAUCGGAUUGUUAGAGGUGGGCAGAGUAAACGAGUGGAUUGUCACUGAGAAACUUGGCGACGCUCUCAAGAUCAAAUCUAUCGGGAAUGCUGUGAAGGUCGUCAAACCUGCUGCUACCAAUCAACGACGCUUCAAAUUUAUUGACAGAUUUCAUUUGUUGGAGCUUGGAUUCGGUUUCUACCUCUUAUUCUGCGGAUGCUACGACCUCAUUUAUGGAAAAUACCACUUCUUCAUCUACCUCCUCCUCCAAUCAAUCGCCUUCUUCGUCAUGGGAUUCGGUUAUGUCGGCACCUUUGUCCCCUCCUCUUCAACUUAGUUACUACUAAAUCUUUCUUGCUUCUUACAUAUAAUAAUUCUUUUAGAUUUAAGCAUAAGAGUUGGAGCUCAUAAUGCUAGUUUUGUCACCAGUAUAUUGUAAGCUUGAUUGUCUCAUCAUAUUAUUCUAAUAAAAUGUCCUUUAGUGUAUGAUAGUAA